UUUUCUUUACCCUUUGCCAGGAUUGCUACCCAGUUGUGCUGGGUGGAGUUGAAGAAACACAAGAACUCUUGAAACAAAAAUUUGACAAGAUAUUUUAUACCGGAAGUGGUCCAGUUGGWAGAAUAGUCAUGGAAGCCGCAGCAAAGAAUCUAACAAGGGUAACACUAGAGCUUGGUGGGAAAAGCCCAUGUUACAUUGAUGAUGAAUGUGAUUUAGCUGUUGUGGCAAACAGACUUGCUUGGGGAAGGUUUAGCAAUGCUGGACAGACUUGUGUAGCACCUGAUUAYGUAUUAUGCAGCCCAGAAAUACAAUCUAAACUAAUAAAACAUUUGAAGGAAACGAUAUUUAAAUUCUAUGGACAGGAUCCCAGAUAUUCGCCAAACUAUGGAAGAAUUAUAAACGAAAGACAUUUCCAACGUCUAAAGAAGUUGUUAUCCCAUGGAGAGUGUGUGAUUGGUGGAGAGACCGAUGAAAAAGACAGGUUUAUUAGUCCUACAGUACUCACAGGGAUUAAACCAUCAGAUCCUUCAUUGCCAUUUGGCGGUGUUGGAGGUAGUGGUAUGGGUGCUUAUCACGGCAAGCAUUCGUUUGAUGUUUUCUCCCAUAAGAAAGGCUGCCUUGUCAAGAGUCUUUGUAUGGAGUCAAUGAAUGCGUAAGUAGACUGAAAUAUAAGC